AUGCAAGAAUUAGUUCGCAAAGUUCGCAGUAUUCUAAAUAAAAUCACACCUCAGACAUUCCAGCACUUAAUCAAGCAGGUAAAAGACCCAUCUAUACAGACAGAGUAUCAACUGAAAGGUGUUGUAGAAGUCAUAUUUGAAAAAUCAAUAGUGGAGUCACAUUUCGCAGUUGUAUACGCAAACAUGUGCAACUGGCUAAGGAUGCUUGAGGUCCCAACAGAAGACAACCCUGAAGAAAGCAUCACGUUCCGUAGGCUGCUAAUAAGAUUCUGCCAGAAGGAGUUUGAGAGAGGUGAAAAUGGGAAUGAAAAAACUGAGAAACUGCAAAAGGAACUGGAUGCAGCCACGUCACCGAGAGAAAAGACCCGACUAAAGGAGGAAUUGAGUGAAGCCUCUAAUAAAGCACGCAUGCGAUACCAAGGGAAUAUCAAAUUUAUUGGGGAGCUAUUUAAAUUAAAAUUGCUCUCUGAAGACACCAUAAAAGACUGCCUUAUGAAACUAAUGAACAUGAACAGCGAGGAGUCCAUGGAAUGCAUCUGCCUUUUGCUCACUACAAUUGGAAAAUCCUUGGAAAAUGGACAGUGUCGCUUGGACAACUAUAUCAGCAAGAUUGACAUCUUUAUUAAAAAACGGAAAACAUCUUUGCGGAUUUGA